UUUCAUGAAGUUCAUGAAGACUGUUUCAAACCAACAGCAAUAACAACAACAAUAACAAUAACAAUAGUAACAAUAGCAACAAUAAAAAUAAAAGCAACAACAGCAGCAAUAGCAACAAUAAAAAUAACAGCAACAACAACAGCAAUAGCAACAAUAGUAACAAUAGCAACAUUAACAACAAUGACAAUGACGAUGACAACAAUAACAGUGGCAAUAGCAAUAAUAGCAACAACACCAAUUGUUGCAUAA